UCAGUAUAAAAACAGCAUAUAUACAGAGUACCGCCUGGCUUUAGGCUUAGAUAUUGUACAGAAUUUGAAUUGUUGUUUACAUCCCUUGUUACAUUGCGUUUCAUUUGCGCUGGUCCUAACUUUAAAUUUUAGUAUUUGUACCCAUUGAAAUAAUGAGCCAGCUUUUACCCGCUCUUUGCCUGUUGGUGGCCGGUGUUCUCGUUAUGGUUUAUCUGGAUACAGCAGAGAGUCGCGAGAUACGCCACGGCGGACGCGGACCGGCACGCCGCGUGGUCAACCAUGUGGGACGUAACUUCCCGCGUCGUGUGGGCCACAUGAUCAGCCGACCGGGUCGCUACGGGAACUUCUACCGUCAUCGUCCGCGCUAUAUCGGCUAUGGCUACCCGGUGGUGUAUCCCGGAUACGUGUACGGCAGUGACCCCUAUGCCUGGUAUUCCAAUCCCGUCCCGCAGGAGGUGUAUCCCCAAGACUACGAUCCCAAUAAUUAUUGUCAGGAUGAUAAUGAGGAUGGGGUUUGUGACGAUGCGGAAUAGAUCAACUCGACUCAUAUGCGUUUUCGGAUGUUUUAUGCGGUUUUUAUAAAAAAAUCCGACAAAAAGUUCGAUCAGUUAUGAUCGAUUAUAAGGAUGUAAGCCGUUUCCGGCUGCGCCAGUAUAUUCAAGUACAACUGUGUUCGGUGUAUUUUAUCUUUCGUGAAUGUGUAAUAGAAACUUUCCUUUUGUACUGUAAUAGAAACUUUCAUGACAUUAUGACAAUUUUUACGUGGAGCAACCGUUGCUGCCAUUAAACCAAAGUAUACUCAA